CUCUCUCUCUCUCUCUCUCUCUCUCUCUCUCUCUCUCUCUCUCUCUCUCUCUCGGUUAAUACUUCAUAAAAAAACCACAAAAAUGGUGCUAGAAAAAAACCUUUCGACCGCCAUGAACGCAAGAAUCGUGGGCUCGGGUGGUGAAGCGGUGGUUCUGGCACAUGGUUACGGAGGAGACCAGUCUGUGUGGGACAAAAUCGUGCCCUACUUGGCUCAGCUUUACCGUGUUCUUGUUUUCGACUGGCCUUUCUCCGGCGCUGUGAAUAAUAAGGAAGGUGAUGACCUGAAACUGUUUGAUCCAGCUGGGAAAUAUUCCUCCUAUGACGCAUUUGCCCUUCACCUAAUUGCUCUCUUAGACGAGUUCAACCUAAAAUCUACUGUCUUUGUUGGUCAUUCCAUGUCUGGUAUGAUUGGAUGUAUUGCUUCAGUUAAAAGACCUGACCUCUUUAAGUCCCUCAUCCUCAUUGGAGCUUCUCCUAGGUAUAUAAAUAUAGACGACUAUGAAGGUGGGUUUGAGAUGUCAGAUAUCACACAGAUCAUCUCAGCCAUAGAAUCCAACUAUCACAACUGGGCUGCCAGCUUCGCCACACUUGCUGUGGGCACAAAUGACCCUCUCUCGGUCGAAAAAUUCGUCAAGUGCCUGCGCAGAAUGAGGCCUGAAAUUGCCCUCGCCUUGGCGAAAACCGUCUUUUACAGCGACCAUAGAGACAUUAUAGACAAGGUCUCGACUCCAUGCACCAUCAUCAGCACCAGCAGCGACAUUGUUGCUCCAAAAUCGGUUGCGUUCUACAUGCAGAAGAAGAUGAAGGAAAACCCUAAUGUCAAGAUUAUAAAUACAGACGGGCAUUUCCCGCAGUUGACUGCACACCUUGAGCUUCUUGAUGUGCUAGGACAAGUCUUGGGGCUUAAAUUUGAUCAAGAUCCUUAUAUCAUUGGCUAAAAAUUAUACAAGCGGACUAUAUUAAUUAGUUAAUUUCUCUAGGUAAGUAGUAGCUAGGUAGCUAGAAUAAUUUGUCUGGUGAAAGACGUCCGCUGCAAAGGGUUAAUAGCUGAAGUAAUUAAGAAUAUUCACUUAUACACUCGAAAUUAUAUGUUUAAGUUGUCAAUCGUCACAAUAGUUUGUAUCAAAAGACUAGAAUGGAGAAUGUUUAGCAUGUAAAAUAUUAUGUAUGGUUAAUGUGUACUUUUAGUUUCAGAGUUAUUUGCUAAUAGAUAAUGUUUAGCUCGUUCCCUUGGA